GAGGCGGGUUCCCACGCCCCUUCCCGCCGCGUUCGGGGCCGGGAUGGAGCCGGGAGCGGGGCCGGGGCCGGGGCCGGGGCCGGGGCGCUGGGGCCCGGCCGCCUUCGUGCUCACCGGCGCUUCCCGGGGCUUCGGCCGGAGCCUGGCGCGGCUGCUGGCCCCGCGGCUCGGCGAAGGCUCGCUGCUGCUGCUGCUGGCGCGCUCGGCGGCGCCGCUGGCCGAGCUGGCGGCCGAGCUGCGGGAUGGCGGCACCGGGCUGCGGGUGGAGUGCGUGGCCGCCGACCUGGGCUGCGACGAGGGGCUGCGGCGGGCGGCCGCUGCCCUGCGGGAGGCGCUGCCCUCCGCGCCGCCCGGCCGCCUGCUCCUCGUCAACAACGCCGGCUCCCUGGGGGACGUCUCCAAAUCCUUCCUCGAUCUCACUGACCCAGACGAGGUCAACAGCUACCUUGCCUUCAAUGUCACCUCGGCGCUUUGCCUCACCUCCACUGCCCUGAAAGCCUUCGGGAAGCGUCCCGGCUCGAGCAGGACGGUGGUGAACAUCUCCUCGCUCUGUGCUGUGAAGCCCUUCAAGAACUGGGCGCUGUAUUGCAGCGGGAAGGCUUCCCGGGACAUGAUGUUCCAGGUCCUGGCACUGGAGGAGCCUGAUGUCCGUGUGCUUAACUACGCCCCAGGUCCUCUGGACACGGACAUGCAGCUCUUGGCCCGGACUAAGACAGGAGACCCUGAGAUGCGUCAGUAUUUCCAAAGCCUGCAGGAGAGCAGGCAGCUGAUAGACUGCACUGUGUCAGCCCAGAAGCUGGUGAAUCUCCUGGAGGAGGACACCUUCUGCUCCGGCGCCCACGUGGAUUUCUACGACAUCUGAGUUACUCUCCCUCCACCCUCCCCUUCAUGCUUUGCUUUCUGCUUCUGUCCGACGAGCUGGGCCUUGGGUGUUUGGUGACCUUGUGUGGGUCCUGGGUGCUGUGCAGCUUUCAGGAGAAGACCUCAGGGUGCCUUAUCCGUACUCCUAGUGCCCCGAUGGGGACGGGGGGCAGUUACUGCCUCGCUGCGCUGUAACUGUUGAGCCCUGCUGGGUACCCUCUGGCAGGAGGGGGGAUUUCUCGCUGCUGGGGAUGGGGGGAGCAGAAGUGUCUUUUCCAAGGGAAUGGGCGUGGAGGCAUAAAGCUCUCCUGCGCAGGAGCGUGUGCGAGCCAAGGAGGUACCAAUGCACGCAAGGCCAGGUCAGAAAGCCACCCCAGAAGGUCUCGAAGCCAAUGGUAGGGUUAGAGCUGAGUGUCCCCGCGUCUGUCCCCUUUGCCCCACAGGAGCUGCAAGCUCAGCACUUGAACAGGUCACCAAAGGGCAAAAGAGCCAUUCCUGGGGGUGGAGGUGGUGGCUGUCACCCCAGAGCCUUGACCCUACAUCCCCUGUCUCUACCGGUGGCUUGUCUAGACUCUCCUGCAGUUCUGGGAUCAUCUCUGCGAGUUUUGUGCCUUAAGACGUGGAGCAAAGCCCGUCGCUGUGUUUUGGAUAUAUUGCCUAUAGCAAAGGCAGUAAAUCACCAGGAGGGGGAGCUGGCCGUGGAGGAGGUGGGGAGUUUGUGUGCCUGGCUGGGGUCACCCGCUUACAUCAACCUGUGCUCAAGCGCAGCACGGGUUAGAGCACAUCUGAGAGCAGCCCUGUGUUCAUGCCGUGCUCCUGGCUGCAGGUUCUGGGCCCAAGCCUGCAUGUGGGGCUUCGGCCCCCUCCUGGAUUGUUCUUUUAAUUUUUUGUGGGGUUUUAUCAUUUUUUCAUCAGGUUCCACGAGGCGCAGGUGCUUAUAGACUUGCCCUUCUAGAAAGCACUUGUAUCUGCAGUGUGUGUUGAUGCAGGAGAGCAUCUCUGAAGCUCAGUGGCGUCCCCUGCACACCCUUGACAUGCCCAGUGUGUCUCCGUGCGCAGUGACAGCAACCUUCCUGCAGUCAUCUUCUGUCCCAGCCCCGAAUUUCAAAUCCUCUCUACCUGAACCUACAGCCAUUAAAAGUUUCAUGUCUGG